GGUCUCUCCACGCACUUGCUUUUCCCCUUCAUCAUCCUUCAUCGCAUCAUGCAUCCGCGCCGCAGGAUGCCCCUCACCCUUCAUCAGUCAGGCUCCCUCACCGACGUGACGAUGCAUACAGCGUCCGAUGGUCAGUCCGACGUGGAGCCGUCUGCGCGCUUAGAAUUCUCUACCGACUACGACUCUGCGCCGCCUCAACCCCAAGUUUCGGACUCCGAGGCGAUCGCCGAGCCUGAGGCCCCUCAUGCUGUUGAACAGCCGAGUCGUCGUCGCCCGGUCCUCAAGGCCGGCCGUCGCGAGAACCUGAGAGGCAAACUUGUUAGGCUCAUGCAGAUGCCGGUGGAGAUGGUGUACGAAGUUUUCCAGCAUCUCGAUCCCCCAGAUCUUCUGAACGUCGCUCGUACCAACAAGGGGAUGAGGAACAUUCUCUUGAACCCAAAUGCUCAGUUCGUUUGGACAGAGGCCAGGAAACACGUCAAAGCCCCUCCGCCUCCAGCCGGCCGCCCCGAGCAUCGAUGGGCGAGCCUGUUGUUUGAGAAGCAGAAAUGUCGGUUUUGCAACCACUCAGGGGUCUCGCAUAUGGACUGGCUCCUCUUGAUGCGCAUCUGCUACAAAUGUCAGAAAACCAAUCUCAUCAAGGAGAGCAGGUUCGCAAAGGAGUUCCCCAGGCAGGAUCCAUCCGUGCUCGAUUUGAUCCUCUUCACCGAAGAGCGGAUGACCUCGCGCGGCGUUCACAAUUUCUACCUGCGCUCUGAUAUCGUGCGCAUGCUCGCGCAGGUCGCCUCCUACCAAGAACGGAUCAAGAAGCACGAGGCUGGCGCGGAGGAAGAGUAUGAGCAGUUCCGGCAGCGCCGCCUUGAAUUUGUGGAGGAGGUUUGGCAGCAUGCUGACGAGUACGUCGUCUGGGAGGGUUAUUACCGUUCUGUGUCCUUGUCAGAGGGCCACCGACUGGCUGAUGAACGGAGGGCUGCCAUUAAGGAGCAGCUACUGUUCCUAGGUCAUGACGAGCGAGACGUAGAAGCAGCACUUAAUAACACGAAGAUGAACAUCGACAAGAAGGAGCUGACAGAAGCGGCCUGGGGCCGCAUUCGCGUGAAAUGGGAAGAAGAGGUUCGCCGUCAACGCUCAAUUCGGGAAGAGAUGGAACACCUGCGACCCGAGCGCGAGCGCCUGGUCACCCAAAUCUACUACGCGAAGUACUGGAAGGCGGACCCGCCCAUCCAGUGGAACGACUAUCACCAUCUGGCGCUGCCUCUGCCAUACGAGAUCUUCCAGAUCUCUUUGAUCAAAAUGCUCAUCGAAGCCAACGUCGACAAGGUCGUCACGCCGCACCACGUCUUGGAGGCCCUGCAGCAUAGCGCCACGCAGAUCGAGGAGUUGCGCGCGAAGCACCUUGAUUUCCUUGCCAAGCUUUCCGGGCGCAUUCGCGAAGGCAUAGCACAGGCCGGGCUGCUGUCCCAAGCCCAGCUCGACUCGCUGGUAUCCCCAGCCCAGAUCCUUGGCUUGAUGAUCGCGCAGUGCGAUUACAAGAUCCUCGCUCCUUUGGAGGCGGCACACGAGAUGGGCAUGGGACUCCGGCAGUUCCUCACAUUCUGGCGCUUUCAUCCGAACCGCGCAAAUUUUCCUCCUGCGAUUCUACGCUGGGAAGCGUUGUCCCACAUAACCUUCAACAAGAAACGCUCCAUCGUGGUGGCGUCCCUGCUGGACGCUGCGAAGGCUCCAAGGACGAGCGCAUUCAAUGAUAUAGCGCUCGGUCCGCGUUUUUACUGCCUGCGGAGCCCGAUUAACGAGGGACCCCGCUCGCGGUAUAAAGUGGCAUUUACCUGGCGACAUGCUAUGAUGCACUUCAUGAAUUGUCACGCUGACUUGGAAGCCGAUUCGGGCUCAUGGCAUGCGCUUUCGUCGGAAGACACUCACAGAGUUUAUACACUGGAAGGCCCUGUUGGUAUCAGAGCGAAGUGUUGGUCCUGCGCGCACUGCUCUGCGCACUGGCAGAACCUGAAGUCCUAUCCGGAGGUGCAAGCCCAUUUCCAAGCAGAACACGGCGAUAAAGAAUGGACGCAAAGAGAUGCUGUGUUUCUGCCUGUCGAGCCACUUCCCUACAAGCCCGUGCUUUGCUUUGAGACUCACUUCAAGUUGCCUACCCACUGGCGGCCGUAGUUGGCUACCGCCUUCCCUCUGCUCGCGGUAACUCUGGUACAGCAAGUCCCAUGCACGUUCUGUCCUUACAAUGUAAUGUAUGAUGGAUGUAACAAUGAUCAAUUUGCGCCCCGUGCGAAACUGGAGGUCGCCGAAUCGAACAAGG